CCUGGGUGGGAUGGGAGGGAGAGGCCUAUAAAUACUGUGCAGGAGAGCACAUCAGCACCCAUCUCAGACAAAGUCAAACCAAGAGUCCGCCUUUAUACCCAUCGUUUUUACAUCUCAUCUUUAAUCCCAUCAUGGAUAUCCCCAUCCAGUAUCCGUGGUACCGCCGUGCCUUCCCACAUCGACUCUCUGACGUCUCCUUGGCAGAACCUCUCACUGAUUGGCCACUAAUCUGGCCCUUCCCCUGGUCCUUCCCCUGGAUACGUCCUUCAUUUAUGCGCUGGUUCAACUGGCCCGACAAUGGACACAGUGAGAUGCGCAUUGAAAAGGAUCGCUACGUAAUUUUUCUGGAUGUGAAGCACUUCUCACCCGAAGAGCUGUCUGUCAAUGUCAGUGACGAGUUCAUCACAAUACACGGCAAACAUGAGGGCAAACAGGACGACCACGGCUUUGUGUCGAGAGAGUUUCUGAGGAAGUACAGGCUUCCUGCUGGCGUGUCAGGUGCUGAGGUCACAUCCAGUCUGUCGUUUGAUGGUAUCCUUACAAUCACUGCACCUCGGUCAUCUCCCGGCUCAGAGCGCACUAUCCCUGUUUCCUGUGAGGACGGAACGCCGAAACAGAAAAUGUAGAGCAGAGUCUGACGCUCCUCACACUGCUUUACUACUAACUCCAAGUUUUACCUGUUUUUAUAUUUAACCUGUUUUGUUGGCAGUUUAGUUGACAGUAGGAAGUAGGCAUGCAGGUCUAGUGGUCUAAGAGUGCAAGUGCCUUCUAAUAAACUGGUAUCUAAUUCCUAACUCAGUUUUAUUCUGAUGUCUCUACAAGACCACCAUGCUUUAAAACCAAAGGGUAAUAUGUUGUUCUCAUGUAAUAGAGUCUAUUUGACACGUUUGGUGUAGUCACAGUGGAGGUGCAGGAUAAUUAACUAAUUUAAGUUAAUUUCCCAAUCAAAAGCUGACAGAAUCCCUCUUUAAACCAUAUCUCUCGAACAAAACUAAUCACACCUCUGUGUAUGUAAAUGAAAGGUAUUUCCUUUUUGCUAAAAUGUUUAAGGGAGUUUGAAAAGUGUCCACUGAAGAUUACAACACACUAAAAUUGUUAAAUUGUUGAAUCUAAAGUGCAUAAUACUGUUUGAGUGGGCAAGAGUAAGAUGCCAACUGUGCUUUGUUUAUUAUUUUACUGUUGUCUGUAUGUGUGAGGAGGAGGGAGUUCUCUGUGCAGUCAUUUUUUGUUUGUUCACUAAAAGAAAGCCACCAAAGGACUUGGACCAGGUGUGUGUGUGUGUGAAGAAGGAGGGUGAAUGAGCAGUAGAGAAAGUAGUGGACGAGGGAGAAACUAAUGUUGGAGACGGACAGCUUUUAUCAUUGGGCUCCUUGUCCUCUGGGGAGCAUGCCUCUGAGCUGCUAAGGAAAGUGUGAGUGAAAGUAUGUGAGAGUGAGUGCAUAUGUCACAGCCCUAUCAUUCCCUCAUAUUGGCUAAAACCCCCUAGCAUAUUAACACAGAAAAAAACAAAUAGAAUAAAUGUUGAAACUCAAUCAUCGGACUGCUGUGUGCCCUUUUUUAUGUCUGAAGUGUUUCUGUUUUGAUAAGAACUUCACAUAACAACACACACUACACGUGGGGAGAAAGUUUGACUUAAAACAAUUGAUAUUCUUUCAAAAAUAGUUCCAGGUGCCUUAUUUCAGUGUCAUUUUUAAAGUCCAUCAUUAAGAUUUGAUGAUUUGUGUUAUAUUGCAUACUGCAAAAGUCACAUAUAUUACAAUUAAAUAUUUCUGCUUGAUUGCU